CCCCAACUCCUCCCGGGCUGGCAGCGAAACUUUGAAGUGAAAGUGAAGUCAAGGGCAAUUUUCGCACUGUGACAUCCUGGUUACAGAAAGCUACAUGCGCUGUGAAGAGCAGUCGUUUGCCGGAGGGAAGGCUCAAGGCCACCUGGUGUUUGUUUCAGGAUGUACACAGAAGAGGAAGCUAAGAAAUUAGGAUUGGUUGGAUGGGUUAAAAACACCAGUCAAGGAACUGUAACGGGCCAAGUUCAAGGCCCAGAAGAUAAAGUAAAUGAGAUGAAGUCAUGGCUGAGUAAAGUUGGAAGCCCAAGUUCUCGCAUAGAUCGAACAAAUUUUUCCAAUGAAAAGGAGAUUCCAAAGCUUGACUUCACAGGAUUUACCACUAGAUACUAGAAGAAGAAAAUACCGCUAAGAGCUAAACUAUGGAGUUUCUGCUGCAUGUUUUUUGAUGUGCCUCUGUAAAAUGGCACAAAAGCAUUUGGAUGCUUUUUGUGUUAGAGAUAAAUGAUCCCUGUUCACAUGAAGUAAGGAUUUUUAGUUGCUGUGUUUGACAUUUGUUACACCAUGAAUGUCAGCAUCUAGUAUCUCAAAUGCCAAUAUCUAAUAUAUUGCAUCCUGAAAGCCAGAUAACUGGUUAAAAGUGGCAGUGAUUAUUUGUGCACAGUGUGACUUCUUCUGUAUAACCACGUGCAGCCUAAUCUUCACACUGUGAUUCAUGAUUUUAGAUGCACAAAAUAAUGAAUUUAUGUUGUACUGUUUGUAGUUGCACCAGAAAUACUUAACUACAGAACUAGACCACUAACAACUUUGUGUUGUGUUAUAUUAUUUGGGAUAAGUAGUUAAGAUACAGUGGUAAUUUCAAAUAAAUGUGCAUUGCCUCAAACUAGGAUUAUCUAA